GAUACUGUAGUGUGGUGUACUCUCCUGUAAUUGGUUAGUGACAUAACGGGCAGGAACAUCGAAUUUGAAGUUGCUCCGCAAGCCUCAGCGUGUAAUUGUCCGUUGGCCUUCCUAACCAGUGUCUGCUUGUACGUUUCAUGCAUCUCCCGUGAUCGUCUGAUUGUGUAGUGUCCAGCUUGCGCAAUUGCAUCUGGGCAAUGUAUUUUGUUUGGACGUAAUUCGUGGGUUGUUAAUCUGAGUUCUUGUGUUUUUUACAAUCAAGUGUUUGAGUACCCUGUUCUUGAAGUGAAGUAAAAGAUCAUCAUGAAAGGAAGAGAAAAACCAUCGUAUUUACAUUCUGCAACGCCUAAUAAAAGCCUACCCAAACGACCUCGUGUUCACCCAUUCAAAAUGUCUGAAAUUGGAACGGAAAAAGAUAGGAGAAAUGUGUACUUACGGAUGAAGCCCAAAAGUGGAAAGAGUAACACCUUUGUGGCUCUUGAUGAUACUACUUUAACACCAAUUUUGAAUGAGGCCCAGAAGUCUCGAAAAGGAGUUUUCCAACAAUACAAAUUUACCAAAAUAUUUGGUGCCGAGUGCCAACAGGAGGAAAUUUUCAAUGAAACAUGUAAUACACCUUUGACUAAUUUUCUCCAUGGUGCAAAUUGCCUCCUUUUUGCUUAUGGUGCCACAAAUGCGGGUAAAACUUUCACAAUUCAAGGCAAUUCGGAGAAGCCUGGAAUUAUACCAAGAUCUUUGAAUCUUCUUUUUAACAGUAUUAAAGAUAAAGUGUCAAAGGAUGUAAAAUUUAAACCAGAGAAACUGAACAAUGUUGUAUGGUUGAGACCAGAAGAAAUAGAAAAAGAUCGGGAAAUCAAGGAGUCCAUUCUAAAUUUUAACUUGGAAAAAAAUAAGACCAGCAGGUCUGCAUCAGCAAUGUCAACACAUUCUGAACCAAGUCAGCUGGGUGUCAGUACAAUUAUUGAUUCUUCUGGAGUAUUUCAGUCAUUUCAAGCAAUGAAGAUGAAUCUUAAAGAUGAAGCAAUUGAAUUAGGUGAAGACGCAAGCAGCGUCUUCUCUGUUUGGGUUUCAUAUGCUGAAAUCUAUAAUGAGAACAUCUACGAUUUACUGCAACCUACAAGUAUUAGACCUAACAAACCCUUGUUAAUGGGUGAAAAUGACAAGAGAGAAGUGUUUAUUAAAGGUCUCACCGAAGUAUGUGUUCACUCAGCUGAUGAAGCAUACAAGGUUUUUUUGUUUGGUCAGCACAAUCUUCACCAGGCUUCCACUAGUGUGAAUCAUUUGUCCAGUAGAUCACACAGUAUUUUCUCCAUUAAGUUGGUAAAACAUUUAAAUGUUGAAUUACCACAAUUCACAACAUUGAGCUCGUGCACAUUUGUUGAUCUUGCCGGUGCUGAAAGAGCAAAGAAAACAAAAAAUGCUGGAGAAAGAAUGAAGGAAUCUCAAAGCAUUAAUACAUCUCUUCAUGUUUUAGGAAAGUGUCUUGAAAUUUUGAGGCACAAUCAGAAGAACAGAGAUACAAGGUUAUUACCUUGUCGUGAAAGUAAACUGACUAGAUUGUUCCAGAGAGCCUUGGAAGGUAAAGAAGUUCUCACUAUGAUUGUCAACAUCAAUCAAGAUGAAGAAUUAUUCGAUGAAACCCUGAAUGUACUAAAAUUUUCUGCAAUUGCAAUGGAACUCCAAUUUGACAGAGUGCAUGAUUCCACUAAACUUCUUGAUUAUAUUGAAGAACUCAAGAAGAAUGUACAAGAGGAGAAGAAUAAAAAUAUGACUUUGGAAAUACAAAUAAGAAGGGAAGCUUAUACCCAUUUCCGUAAAAUAAUGCAAGACAUGGAGAACAGUUACAAACAGCGCUUAAAAAAUGAAAGGGAGGUAUUCGCAGAAUGUGAAGAGCUUAAUGCUAAUUUGUAUCAGAUGUACUUGAAAAAUGCCGGAAAACGCAGUCGGAUUGAAGACUCUGAAGAUGAGGAUGAUGAUGAUGCUGAUGAUGGUGAUGAUGAUAUUGUCGCAGAAGAAGAUGACAAAGAAAAGAUCAAAUUUCUCCAGAACAAAGUAGAGGCCUUAAUGGGCCUUGUAGAAAAUGCUGAGAAAAUGAAAAUUGAUCAUAUUGCUCUACAGACUAAACAUUCAAAACUUCAGUUUGAAUUGGCAACAGUGAAACAAGAAUUGGAGACAGCGUUAAAAAUUAAUAAGGCCACAGCCCAAGAUGGAGGAGAAGAUGCUAUGGAGGACGGUAUCAAAGUUCUUAAGGAACAACUUUUCAAAUAUCAGAACUUGGUAAAAGAAAGAAAUAGUGACAUUGAGAAACUCAACAAAUUGCUGGAAGAUGCAAGGGUUGAGUAUACCGCUCAUUUUGAACAACACGAGGAUUUUGCUGCCCGGAAUGAAGAACUUGAGAAGAUGGUGGCUGACAGGGAUAUCAUGAUUGAAGACUUGGAAGCAAAAUUGGACAUUUCCAGUAAAAAAUUAGCUCAACAGCAGGAGAGAUCAAAUAAUAAAGAAUUAGAGGAAGCGGAAAAUAAUAAGAAACUAAAAUUUCUUUGUGAAAUUCCUCGUGUUAGUUCAAGGGCAAAAAGACUAGUAGAGUUGUCUUUAGGAAAGCGUUCCAUGGAGGAGAUAAAUAAAUCAGAACGUAGUACCAAUAAAUUUGCAAAAUUUUCAGUGGAUAAUAGUGAAAUAUACAAUUAUUUCUCACAUUUAUUUCUUUUUUAUUUCUAUUCUCUCACAUUUCUCACAAUUAUUUCUUUCAUUUUAGCAAAAGGACUGAUGCUCUCUUCAUCCUUUAUUUUAAUUAGAUCUGUAACUGAAUUACUUUUUCAUAAAUGUCUCAUUAAAAAUGCAGCACAUUUUUGGUCUUAUUUUAUCAAAGAAGUUGCAAGAGACGAAUAUAAAUUCAAGAUUAUCCAGUUAGAAAGUGAAAUGAAGAAGCUUCAAAAAGAAAAUGAAACACUGAAAAGUCUUCCAAAGUCGCCAAAUUCUAGUGAAGUGAAAGCUUUAGAAUUACUCGUUGCUAGUCAUGAAGAUCAGCUGAAAAAAUAUAUAGAAAAAUUUAAGAAUCAAGAAGAAGCCAACAAAUUUCUUGAGGAUGAAUUAUGUCAUUUGAAGGCAUCAUCAAUAUGCAGUAACCAAGAGGCAAUGGAAAAAGAGAUCAGCAUUUUACAGGCUGAGGUUAAAGAAACUGCUAAAGGAAGGAAGGAAUUAAUGGACAAAGUGGAAAUAAUUUCGAAAGAAUUAGAAGAAUCGAAACGCUCUCUGCAACUGGCAGAAAUGGCUCUCUCUGAAGAGCAAAAUAAUACAAAAGCUAUGAGGAGAAUUUGUGAAACGGAGAAAAAGGAACUCCUGUCAAAAUUAGAGCAAGUGCAGGAAGAAACGACAAGGCUUGUGGUUUGUUGUGACAAACUUGAAAAAGAAAAUACAGGCCUAAAGCUACUGAACAUGGAGCUUGAAGAAGCAGUAAAAGUGAAGGAAGAACAAAUGGAGGAUUUCAAAACUAGAAGAAAUGCCCAGUUUGAAACGUAUGAAAACUUGCUUAAAAAUGAAAGAGAACUGCGAGAACGAGAACAGAGGGAAGUACAUCAGUUGCACAAUGUCAUGCUAGCACUGACUCCCAAAAAGAAUGAGCAAUUGAUAGCAAAACUUGAAAAGGAAAAGAAAUCUGAUUUUAUGUAUGAGCUGCAGUGCACCAAAGUAAUAGAAGGGGUGAGUUCUAACAAGGCCUGUAAAUCCAGAAGGCAGAAGAAAGAACAGAAAGAAAAUGCAUUGGAUGAUGAUAUACAACCUGUCAGCUUUCCAGAGAGAGCAAUUAAGCCUGAUCCUGAUAUUAGACAACUUAGGCCCAGAAAGAAAAUCCUGUAUUCCAAUGAAGACGAGCAAAAGGUUGAUGUGGGUUUAAUGAAAUCCAGAAGCAAGCGCCUGUGAAUUAUAGUUAAUGAAUUUUUAGUUCAGGAAGACUACAUUUUAAGAAUUUUUUAUAGACUUGAAGAAAUGUUUUUAUGUUGUAAAUAAAUUGUAAUUGUAAAUAAAUGUAUAGUUUUUACCAAAAAAAAUUGCUUUAUAGUCGCAAUGAAAUGUUUUUAAUGUUUUGCUGCAUGAAAAAAAUUUUAGCUAUAAAUUAUUUGUUUAUCUAUUUGACUUCAGAAUUGGUAAACAUUCCAUGAGAUGUUACUGUUGGGAAAAGUGAAUUUUUGCAAGUUUUCUGGAGGUCUGAGUUACCUACCCUACCUCAUAUACAAAUUGAGUUAUAAAUAUAGGAGGAAAUGAGUAUUGUGGCUAGAAUUGCUAAGAAAAAAAAAAUUGCUUUUAUGAAAUAAAAUCUACUUGCAGACUACUUAGCUACAGAAUUUGAUUAUCCCUCAUUGUAUUUUUCAUGAAGGAAUAGUCAUACUGCCAUAAGACCAUGGAGGAUGAUUAUUUGAAUACCUAUAUGCCCCUCUGCACUCUAGAAAAAAAUGCAAAGAUCAUCGAUUCUGCCCUUUUUGAAAAGGGCCUGCUUACCUUACUUGCAACUUCAGUUGCAAUGUUGAAUAUUUUGUUCUAGGUUUGCAGAAUUGAGCAAAAGUAGUUUUUGAAUGUUGUGUACUGUAAUUCUUUACUUGUCUUCCAGAGGGUGUUCUCUCUUCCUCUUUACACUAGAUUCAGUGAUAUUUCAUAUCUCGAUGUGCGUGCAUGCUGAAAACUGUUGCUACAUAGUGUUCUCUUUGUAAGUUUUCUCUUGCUUGUAGUUAAUUUUUUGUAUUCUUGAAAUAUCAGUAGUAUACAUUCAGGAACAUAAAUAUAUAUAAUGCAUAAGGUAUACAAUACAUAUACUCCCCACCUCGCUGAGGCUAAAGGCAGUGCGUGAACCUGCAAAUCGCAUUUUGUACAUGAUAUCGCAAAACGUACAUUUGUAAAGAAAUAAAAAUAUAAGUAGGAAAAAAAGGAAACAAUUUUUGUCAACUAAAUACAUUAGAACUAAUUUCAUAAAAGAAAAUCUUUAU